CCCAUUAAUGCAUAGGCGAAUGAAUGUUUGCAGGCAAUGCUUGCUGGUCUUGAUCGUGAUGGGGCUGAAUUAUGACAGUUGUGCUGUUUUUUAGUAAUAUCCUAUGUAUUAUAGUAAGUACGACGUGUCUCACUCAGAGAGAGGUAGAGGGAUCAUCAGUAAUGUUUUUGUAGCAGCAAAGAUGAAGCUAGACGGAACGAGCAUGAGCUUGAGCGACCGGAUAAACCGACAUAAAAGCUGACGACGCUGCUUUCUAUUUUGAUGCACAACAUGGCGCUUCGAACAUGGGUGAGAAAUAUGGCGACGUUCGUUGUUGUUCUGUGCAGGGCCUUGUAGGUUUCCCUUCGAUGUGCUGCUUUGUCUCCUGCUGACGAGCUGCCUGGCGGUGAUGGUUUUCUUGGUUAACUCGGAACUUCCGGCGGUGCCGCUUGCAUUUCAUCUAUCCUGGUGUACUGCUCUUCCUCUUCGCUUUUCUUCGCGUAGCAUCAUGGUACCAUAUGAGCUGGCAACUCUCUCUGAGGUGCUUUGCCUUGGUAGCUGUGCAACAGACAAGCGCUGCCGGCGGCGUGAGGCUCUCGGGAACAAUGGCCCAGUAGAUGAAGGUCAAGCAUUGAUGUGUAAGCUGAAUGCGGAUUGAGUGAAUCUCAACGGUUUCCUUGCUAGAUCUUUGCUUUUCUUCGUUUCUUGCUGUAUCAUCUGUCUCUCUCGUCUCUCGUCGGCGGACUCGCUUUCAAUUUUGACUGAUCUCUCUCGCCCUGUUAACUUGUCCGAGCACUAUUUAUUGACUUAGCGUCUUAUUUUAUGACUGACUUCGCGGCUAUUCACUAACUACUGACUUCGCGUCUAUUCACUAGCUGACUUCGCCUAUUAUCGACGUCGCGUCUCUUAUUCACUUCGCCUGUUAUUUGUGAUUUCGUAUCUAUAAUGUUGGAACCGAGACUGUCUCGUUCGCUUUUUCUAAAGUCUUGCUGUUGUUUUCUCUUCUCUCUGCGGGCCUUGAAAAAUUAUCCAGCAGCAUAGAACAGGCAGCAAGACGCUUGGGCUACUGCUUCCACACUCAAUUUUCACGGAUGUGCCCUAAAAGUUAAGAAAAGCAAGCGUCUGCCGUGUUUCUGUAUACAGCCAAGGUGGUGGCCUGACCGUCGUGAAAAAAAGGAGUGGAAUUUUCAUCGCUUCUGUCAAACUCGUGGUAAGUUGAAGCACUUAAGCAUCAGGCGCUUUAUUAAACACGGCCAAACGCAAAUGAUAUCAAGUUGAAAGCAAUGGGUGAGGCUUGUGUUAAGGUGGAGCACUUAAGCAGCAGCAGUUUUAUUAGACACAUCCAAACACCAAGUUCAAAUAAGUGAGAAAUUGCGGACAUCUGUGUUAAGUAAUGCCAAUUAUGACGUUCGUGACAUAUCCAGUGUGAUUAAGCACCAGGAGAGACUAAGUAAACUUCAGAAGAGCCACAACACGGGAUAGAAUCAUCAAGAAUAUGCAAAAUAUGUAAAUGAUAUAUAUGUUCCAGGGCGCGGGGCGACGGCCCCCCCCCCUAGCGGGAGUGACGUGGGGGGGGGCGUGCGGCCCUGAGUCAUAUAUAAGAGUUUUGGGCCUCCACAUCAGCGGGAUCUUCUAUUUUCAUACAACUUAAACACCAGAAGGCAGAUCACACUUUCAUUCAAAUUGCAAGGAGAACGAAUUUAGAAACAAGAGAAGACACGUUAAUUCAGACACAUGAUAGAUCGGGUGAAGUUCAAGACUCAAAUUCUGGACAUUUACAUUCUGGCUUUCCAUACUGCACACAAAUUCCACACUGCGCCCAAAGUCAAGUCAUUCGCGUCAGAGCUGAACACGACACGAAUAUGAGUAGGGCCUCAGGCUGGCAUAUCAUUCAAUAGUUCGCCAAUAUAACUAUCAAUCUAGAGAUCCUCAUCUUGCACUAGUGCACUGGCGCCGUCUCGGGUAUUAUAUGCCGGGUCGGCGCAUCGCCCACCCCAGCUGGUGCGCUGGCCCUUUGGCCAAAGACUUUGAAAUUGAAAAAAGAAACUCGCUGAAAAAAAUUGUUCAAGGUCACGACAUCCAUGAUUAGGACACCAGGAAGAUUAUGAAAGUCG